GUUCUUGGCUCAAUCGCAGGACCGGACAAAGAAGUAAAUAUUAACCCACAAGACCGCUGUAGCGAACUUGGCAUCAAGACUGCUGCAGAAACGAACCUGCGCCAUGUCUCUGCUCACCCACCUGCUGGCAUGCCUGUUCGGCAUGGGUUCCUGGGUGUCUAUCAACGGUCUGUGGGUAGAACUUCCCCUGAUAGUCCCCCGCAUUCCGGAGGGCUGGUACCUCCCGUCGUACCUCUCGGUUCUCAUCCAGAUGGCCAACGUAGGCCCGCUCUUCGUCACCCUGAUGCACCGUUUCCGACCGGGAGCCCUCAGCGAGACGGCGGUGGUUUACGUCAUCAUCGCCCUGGGCACGGUGGCCAGUUUCCUGUUGGGUUUCUUCUGGAAGGAGACUGUUGUCGUGGCGGGGGCGCCCCGCAGCGGGGCGUUGCUCGUCCUCACCUUCUUCCUUGCGGUCGUCGACUGCACCUCCUCGGUUACCUUCCUUCCCUUCAUGAUGCGCCUCAAGCCCCAGUACCUCACCACCUACUAUAUCGGCGAAGGCGUGAGCGGCCUCCUGCCCGCUCUGGUGGCGCUCGUCCAGGGCGUCGGUGCGGUUCAUUGCAACAACGGCACUACGAACCAAAACGCCACCGACGGUUUUCCGACAUUUGAGGCUCAACACCAGCCUCCCAACUUCUCGGUUGGGGUGUUCUUCUUCUUCCUGAGCGCCAUGAUGCUGGUGUGCCUGCUGGCGUUCCUGCUGCUCAACCGUCACCCCGCCGUUGCCAGGGAGAAGACAAAAUGCCAGUACACCAACGGGGUCAAGGAGAAAAAUUGGGUGGAGAAGAAGCCCAUUGUGGAGCCAUACAGACCCUCCAGACAAAAGAGCAGUUUUGGCCUUGGGACUUACAGCUGGAUGCAGUUGUUUUACAUCUUCGUGAUCCUGGCGUGGACCAACGCGCUGACCAACGUGGUGCUACCGUCGGUGCAGUCGUACUCGUGCAUGCCGUACGGCAACAACGCCUACCACCUGUCUGCCAUCACGGCGGCUGUGUCCAACCCUCUGGCCUGCUUCAUCGCCAUGUUCUUCCCGAUAAGAUCCUUGUGGCUGAUGGGGGCGCUCACGUUUUUGGGCAGCGGCGUGGGAGCUUUCAUAAUGAGCAUGGCCGCCCUAAGUCCGUGUCCGCUGAUGGUGAACGACGUCUGGGGCGGCGUCAUCAUGGUGCUGGCGUGGAUCGUCUUCAUCCUCACCCUGUCCUACGUCAAGGUGAUCAUCGGCGUCAUCCUGCGCGACGAGGGUCACGGCGCCCUUGUGUGGUGCGGGGCGGUGGUGCAGCUGGGGUCCCUGCUGGGCGCCGUCACCAUGUUCCCGCUGGUCAGCGUGUACAGCCUUUUUGCGUCAGGCGACCCCUGCAACACCCGAUGUCCAUGAAGGAGCCAACAGGUACAUUUGAAAUCUAUCCCCACGCCCCCAAAUUAUUAUUAUUAUUAUUUUUCCUGCUGUUACAUGCUAACAGGAGCUUACAUGGACAAGAAAAUGUGUGAAUAAAUUUUCCUCAUUAUAUUUAGACUCUCAUUUCAAUGUACGUGUGCCAUGUUCUGAUUGGAGAGAAUCCGGAGUACUCAUUUUUGUAUUUUUCUUCUCCUAUGCUGUUUUAAUGAUCUAGAAUUACUUUUGUUUUGUUUGUGUCAUCUGUAAAUAGCAAGAGAAAUGGUACUGCAGCUGCUCUCUCUCUAAUAUUGUUUGCAACUCAACAGACGUGAAAAUGGUUUAAAAGCAUAAUAAAC